GUGCGCAAACUCCUAUGAAGCGCUCCAGAUGUGGACAUCGCCUGUGUCAGGCCGGUCAGACAUCCGCCGUGGACAGAAGCGAUCUAUCAUGUUACCUUUUGCCCUCUGCCUGUUUUUACUGCCUCUUUGUGGCGCGGUCUACGAGGGACCUUUGCUCCCCGAAAUGUCCAAUGGGACUUUUCACCACUUCUUCGUCCCGGACGGCGAUUAUGAGGAGACUGAAGACCCCGAGAAGUGUCAGAUGCUCUUCAAAUGGAUCGACCGCAGACCGUGUCCCCUGGAGGAGGACCAGGACACGGUUAUUAGAGAGGAUUUCAUCAUAGUAAAACAGCAGAUUGAAGACGCGGCGCGCGUUUUGGAGACUCUCGGAAAGAGCAUCUCGUUUGAUCUGGACGGAGAGGACAGCUACGGGAAAUAUCUGAAACGAGAGAUCGAGCAGAUCGGCGAGGCUUUCACAAACGUGGAGAAAUCUCUGCUGGAGCUGGAGAGCAAAUUCAAGCUGAGCCAGGAGACGGAGCAGAGAGAGGAGAGCGAGUUCAGCAGUAACUUCAUCAAGCCUGUGUAUGAUGUGAGGGAAACGCUGCAGGAGACGCUGGACAUCUCAUCCGGACUCAAGGAUAAACACGAGCUCAUCUCUCUGAUCGUGAGGAGUCACGGCUCCAGGCUAAGCAGACUGAAAAAUGACUAUCUGAAUGUUUAGACGUUCUGGACAGACUUCAGUCCACGUUGGAUUGUCAAUUUGUGAGUUUUUCUUUAAAGACGGAGCUCUAAAUGUUUCCCAUCUGAAAGUAUUUGGUGGUUUUGAGGUUCAUUUACUCUUAAUAGUUGUAAUAUGUUUCUUCAGAGAUUAAACAUCAGCUAUUUUUGCUUUA